CUCAGUUCGAUCCAGAUCAAUCCUCAUUGUCAACGUAGUUACCAUGAUCGCAAUCCUAGCGUCGCUCGCCUUGUACAUCGUUGUUUGCGGCACAAACUCAGUCCAAACCCUCGAAGACUCCGCUGCAUGUCGCUGUUUCCCUGGAGAUGUGUGUUGGCCUUCGACCGUAGAAUGGAACAUCUUCAACCACACGAUUGGUGGUAAGCUCCUGACUACCAAGCCAUUGGCCAGUGUUUGCCACGAUUCUGAGUACGGGCCCUUCAAUCUCGCCGCAUGUGAUCAUUUGCGAUCAAAUUGGUUCGCUGCCGAGACCCACUUGGGCUCCGUAUCUUCCAUUAUGGCUGCUUUCUUCACAAAUAACAGCUGCAACCUAUUUUCACCUCAGGACGCACCCUGCACACUUGGUGGUCUGGUGUCAUUCUCCGUGAACGCCUCUGGAGUUGAAGACUUUCGACGGACAAUCGCUUUCGUGCGCAGACACAACAUCCGCCUGGUAAUUCGAAACACCGGCCAUGACUACAAUGGAAAGUCAACAGGAGCGGGAGCUUUGGCAAUCUGGACGCACCAUAUGAAACACAAAGAAAUUCUUGAUUAUAAGUCUCCUUCGUAUACAGGCAAAGCAAUGAAGAUGGGUGCAGGGAUCGAAGUGUAUGAGUCUUACGAGUUUGCGCAGAAACAUGGCCUUGUAAGUGUUGGUGGAGAUUGCCCGACAGUUGGUGUCACUGGCGGCUGGACCCAAGGAGGAGGUGGCCAUGGACCUGGAGUGAGCAAAUUUGGUCUAGGCGCGGAUCAAGCGUUGGAAUGGGAGGUCGUGACUGGUACUGGUGAGGUACUUGUGGCCAGUCGGCAUCAGAACCAAGACAUGUACUGGGCUCUUUCUGGCGGAGGUGGUGGCACAUAUGGUGUGGUUAGCUCCCUCACCGCCAAGGUGUAUCCCGAUCUGUCAUCUUCAGCGGCCUCUUUAUCAUUCUCGUCCACAGGCAUUAGCAAGGAUCUGUUCUGGAACGCCAUCCAUACAUGGCAGGCGACCUUGAUCUCAAUCAUCCAAAGUGGUUGUUUUGCGAUUUGGGAGAUCUCCCAAGAUGGCUUCUCUCUUGUCCCGAUGAACUGUCCGGGUCUUAAUAGGAACGACACUAUGAAAUUGUUGCACCCGAUACGGACGAUGUUAGACAAGAACAUGAUAGAAUACGAUUACUCGGUCAGUGAGUUUUCGAACUUCUACGACAGCUACAAAGCCUACAACAUGAGAUUUCCGAAGAAUGUGUCCACGACCCAGCUGGGAAGUCGCUUGAUCCCACGUGAUGUUCUUAUCCACAACAAUACCGAAUUGACGGAUGCUCUUCGCAAAGGCGUCGACCGAGGCGCUUACGUGGUGGCGACUGCGGUGGACGCAUCAUUGGGUAACAACACAGAUUAUGGUUCUGUCAAUCCCAAUCGGCGUCAGGCAGCCUUCAGUGCAAUUUUUGCGACAGUGUACAACCAGACGGAUUACGAUGUCAACAUUGCUCUUGCCAAUGAAAUGACCCGAGAACUCCUUCCAAUGCUAGAGGCCCUUACACCAGGAGGCUCAGCAUAUAUGAAUGAGUGCGACUUCCAGCAACCAGACUUUCAAGAUACGCUAUAUGGCAUAAACUAUGAACGGCUGCUCUCCAUCAAAGACAAGUACGAUCCUGACCAGAUAUUCUACGCCAUCACAGCUGUCGGGAGUGAAAGGUGGUACCAAGACCAGAGACGAGGCGGGCGACUAUGUCGAGCUUAAACAUGGCCAUGAUUCCAUGACUAGGCUCCUCCGGGAACGAAAGUAUUCAUAGUGUUCCGGAGACCUUGAACUUGUGUCGCUCCAGGGAGACCUCUAUGUUAUUUGAAUUCUUGUCUCCGUCUCAGCCUCGAAUGGUCCUUAUAGCAAUCCGGAAGCUGGAAUGCGUGUAGGCUUUGACGGUGGUGACUUCCAAAUUUGUUCGACUGAGAGGUCGAAUUUGCCAAGAUAGCUGCGCUGCGAAAUUUAUGAUGCGUAGGAAGGAGCAGAGAUGUGCGCACAUGAGUUGCCAGAAGCCGUCAACCAGAUGAACAAUAUCUCGAAACCUGCUUAUAAACUACAGCUCUAUAGCAGUAUCGUUCACCUAAUUACUUCG